UUUCUCUUCAUCAUCAGCGGUAUUCCUGUUCACGUGUGUCAGUGAAUCCUAUCCAAGUUUCCAUCCAUGUAUAAUUUUCUCGGUCACGUGUUUGUGCCCCCUGGCAGCGGUUUAAGCUUUGUGCUGAAUAGAGAUGUACAUACUCUAAGUUGAAUGCAGUCAACGGUCGGCGCAAGAGGGAAACCGGGGCAUCGCGUUGAUUAAUAUGCUGCUGUUCUAUAAUAUAGAGCUACCUUAAUUAUUUGUUGACUAAACUGUAAUUAUGUUAUGUUAAUGGAAAUUACAGAAUACCUGAUAUGCAAGGCACGCAUCACUAGGGGGGAUAACAACUCCUCCAGCUUGAGUGGGGAGCCACAGUGGUGAAGGCAGGCAAGGAAUGAGUGCGUUGGUUUCUCAUCGGCUCUCAAGUCCCGCGUUUCUGUUCGUCGUACGCAAGCAAGAGUUCAGUCGCCUGUAAUCUUCAGCGCAAUCAGCAAUUUAGAGAAAAGGGGAAACAUGAAAAUUAAAUCUGUUGACAUUUCCGCCUGCAGAUGUUUAUAGCAGUCUCAUAGUUGUAGAAGUCUGUGAUUUGUUCACAGACUGAUGUUACUCUGAGACGCCGAAAGCAUCCGCGAGAACCUGCUACUUUCAACUGCCUUUACGAGGAUCUGUUAUCAUGGCGCUUAUUGUGUUGGUGCACAAGGUGAUGUUCGACUCCAUUGUGUUUUUCAUCGGCGUGGGCAUAGUCGCCGAGCUAGCCGUCGCCCAGAAUGACACGGAACCCAUAGUCCUGGAGGGCAAAUGCCUGGUGGUUUGUGACUCUAAUCCCGCCACAGAAUGGAAAGGCUCUUCUCCACUUGGCAUCUCAGUGCGCGCCGCAAAUUCCAAGGUGGCAUUCUCUGCAGUAAGAAGCAACAACCACGAACCAUCAGAAAUGAGCAACAAAACGAGAAUAAUAUACUUCGACCAAAUCCUUGUCAACAUUGGAAACUAUUUCACUCUAGAAUCUGUGUUUCUGUCUCCACGGAAAGGAGUUUAUAGCUUCAACUUCCAUGUCAUUAAAGUGUACCAGAGCCAAACCAUACAGGUGAACUUAAUGUUAAAUGGAAAGCCUGUAAUCUCAGCCUUUGCCGGUGACAAAGAUGUGACCCGCGAAGCUGCCACUAACGGAGUCCUGCUAUACCUGGACAAAGAGGACAAGGUCUACUUGAAGCUGGAGAAGGGCAAUCUAGUGGGCGGGUGGCAAUACUCCACCUUCUCUGGCUUUCUAGUGUUCCCCCUGUAAAGAAAAGCACAUACACAAAGCCAACGCACUCUAUUUAUCCAGUGUGUCAUCAUUGUGUAACCAAUACCUCCCACACUGACUGGAUCCAAAUGGAUACUUGUCCUCAGACUGCCUUGGGAAGAAACAGACGAUGUCUAGGCAAAAAUGUAUGUAGGCAAUAUGUAGGCAAAAAAAAAAAAAAAAGAUAAAGAAAUAACAAACAAGCAUUCCCCUCUUUUGAAACAGAGUAACAUUACAUCUAAAACAGAGUUCAUCACUGCUUUCACUGCUUGUACAGAGACUUGAAGAGAAGCAAAGAAAUGUGCUCUAUCUAUUCAUCCUGGAGCACUGUGCUUAUAUGUUGUGUGUUUGUGGAGGUGGGGGGGGGCGCUUCUGCAGCAUGGGUGGUGCAGCUUCAAAACAACCAGAGGUUUCUGUCAUCACAUAUUUAUAGAAAUCUGUCUUGCUGUUGAAGACAUGAGUUCCUUCAGGUUUGGUCACUCUUACCCUGUAUGUUAGGAUCUCACAUAGCAUGUGAGAGGGAUGUGAAGAUCAAACUGCAGUAAGUGACUGAACCAAUGCAAAUCAUCACCAGUUAGAGUACUAUCAGUUACACAGUACAUGAUUGGUUCCGCUCCAUUUAUCACUCAAUCAACACAGGCUCCCACACAUGAUCCAAGACCAACUUUAAAUUAAAUUAAAUUAAAUUAAAUUAAAUUAAAUUAAAUUAACUCCAAAUUAGAUCAACUAUAUAUAAUCUUCUGUUGAGACUAUCAUUGAUUAGUGGGACUGUGACCAGACCCCCAGAGUUGACAGUAAUGCCACCCUAUCUUCAUGUCCCCAGUAAUGUCUGACAGCACAGUUCCACAUCACAUUAGUUAUAGCUGCUAAAGUGUCUUUAGAAGACAUUUUCUGCAAAAAAAAACACCCCUUGGCAUUUAUGCAAUCCAGAGUCCUCCGCCUAUUUUACCAUUGCUGUCUGCUCUUUCUGUAAUUAAAUUAGUUGGCACCCAGCCAGAGAAGGGAUGGCACUGGAGGUGCUUCAGCUCCAGAGCACCCAUGGAAGGGAUGCCCAUAUAAAGCCCCACCAAGCAGAAUUGGCACUGUUGGCACUUAACCCUUUACAGUUCUCUGGUAAUAUAAAACUAAAAUGUUAAUAAUUUUGCAUAAUACGAUAGCAUGUACUCAUGGAACAAGUUGCCACGGCUGCAUUUUUGGCUUUACAUUUGUGAAAUCCUCUCAAGACUAGGUGUGUGUUGUCAAAUUAUCUCAGCCAGAUUCACAAAGGAUACAUUCACAGAGAUGAAUGACUGCAGUGUGGCCCGUGUUGUGUUCAUUUCUGUUGUGACAUUGGUAAAUGGGUCAUCUUUA